CUAACAUUUAAACUUCAAGCUACCAUCACAUAUUCCAGAUGAACCUCCUGCUGUUCAACUCUUGAGUCCCCUCGGAGUCUGAGCCUGCCCUGAGGUACCUAGAUGCUAUGCUGCCUUAGGUAAUCAUGAAAUCAGUGGCCGUAAGUGGGUCUUGACUGAACAAAGCACUGAAGAGCAGGCAUCCAAUCCAAUCUAAUAGUUGGAAGCGUCUUCUCAACGGUGAAAUAUCCGUAUCAAACCGUCACAUUAACAAAAUAGUCCGUCGUCGAUAUGGCGAUCCCAGUGGGACGUACCCUUUUCAAAAAGAAGGAGGGCAUUCUGACUCUCACAAGUGACCAUCAGCUGGUCACUUGGACUCCUAAUUCAGGAGGCCCUGCCACAGUCUCACUAAACAUCAAUAACAUCACAAACCUCCAACAGACCCCAGAUUCUUCACCAAAGGUUAUGCUCAAAAUCUUUGAAAAGGUUGGAGACGCAGAGCCUGCUACAUAUCUCUUUCACUUCAACACCGCCGAGGCCAAGGAUGAGGCAAAGGCUGUCAAAGAUCUAUUAUCCAGCCUAUUAGCUUCUACGCGCGGCAACGAUGCUUCUGUUCCAAAACCAUCCGGCGCAAGUGGUGGCUCUUCAACGCCCAAUCCAGGCGCUGGUAGUGGCACUGGUGGUGGUAGCGGUUCCGCGUCCAUGGCCUUCGCCAGCGCUGUCAACUCACAGAAUGCUUCAUCCUCGCGCUGGUUCGAUGACUCGCAGCUCAAGAACGACAUCGAGUUGCAACAGUCACUGAUGAGAAAAGAUACAAGUCUGCAUCAAACAUACGUUGAAGCAAUGCAAACCAAGCCCGACUCCUUAUCAGGAGCCGCCUUUAAUUCACAGUUCUGGUCAACCCGGACAAAUCUUCUCCGAGCCCAUGCUAUUGAGAUAAACCAGAAGAAAGGAGCAUAUAAUGUCCUCUCAACCGUCAAACCCAAGACUGUUGAUGGCGAACUAAAACUAAACAUCAGCGUAGAGCAGGUGCAAAUGAUAUUCGCACAACAUCCUCUGAUCAAACGUGUAUACAACGAGAAUGUCCCCAAGCUAUCUGAAGCGGACUUCUGGUCCCGUUUCUUCCUCAGCAGACUUUCCAAAAAGCUACGCGGUGAGCGAGUCGCCGAGAACGACCCUAAUGACCCUUUGUUCGACAAAUAUGACCCUGCUGAGAAUACGGUUGCCUUUCAGAGCAAAAUCAUGGCAAACCAAGUACCACAUUUUAUCGACAUCGAGGCCAACGAAGAGAAUCAAGGAGGCUUCAAAAGUGGAAACGCGAAGGAUGUCGAGAUGCGUCCUAGGGCCAAUAUACCAAUUGUGAAGACCCUCAACAGUCUCAGUGAGAAGAUCAUGGCCAACGUUGCACCUUCUGAUGUCAACACUGAUGAUCCCGAUGGUGGUUACAACGCAUAUGUCCAGCUGGCUUUGCGUGAUCUGAAGGGCGACGCGAAGGAGCAUCGUAUUAUGCUCAACGUGAAGGAACAGAACAAGUUCUUUUCAAAACAUGACUCUGCGCCCUCGAAACAAGCUGCGGUUUUCGAAAAACAGGUUCCUAGCGAAGUUCUGUUCGAGAUAGUGGGAGAUCUCGAGACUCUUGAGAGCGAUGGUGCUGGCGGAAUAAAUAUACAGGCAGCAAUGGGAUUUGAUGAAGAGAGCGAAAGUGACGAAGAUACUCCCAAACGGCCGCAUGUUGGAUCACGCUCCGCUCUCUUAGCUGCUGACAAGGACAUCAUGAAGGGUGUGCGCCAGCAACGCGCUCAAAAAUACGGCCACGAGACGGAUGCCGUUGAGCCGAUGGGGCUCCCUGUUGAGAUCUCCCGCAAGUGCAGUCUUACCCACGCAACGACCAUCGAGUUUCUGCAUCAGUUCUGGAACGCAUUCCUCUCGGGCGACCCGGACCGCGCUGGUGAGCUACAGUACCUAGCCGAGUCUCUCGGCCGGUCACUGGCACGUAUCAACGCCGUUGCAGAGGAAGCCGACAAGGAACGGGAGGAAAUCAUUCGCAGCCGGAAGAAAGAGAUCCGCGAUCAUUUCCAGCGAACCGGUAAGAAGAUCAGAUGGCGAUCGGAUAAUGUUGGAGGUGGCAAAGCUGCCGUGAUUGCUUUGAUGCAACCAACUAUGAAUGCUUUGGAGAAGGCUCAAGCCGACUACUCGAGGGCUCUCGCAGCAGAGGGGAUACAGAUAUCGACUGAAGCAUGAUCCUUCUAAGCCCGUUUCCGUAAACAUAAUGAUCAGCUCAGGGGAGAACGCAUGGCGGAUCGAUGAAAUAUAAAAAGGCAUUUAUAAAGAAUUGACCCAGAUUCAUUGAGGAUUGUCGUAAAGUGAUGUUUUUGGUUAUUAUACUCAUCAUUGACAUUCUCUACCCAAUUUCGACUUGGGCUUUUGUACUUGCUUCCAUCGUGGUCAAGGUUUAGCCAGCAAUUGCAUCAAAACAACGACAUAUUAGGCGCGUCUUUGUGGGGGUGCCUUGGCCAAUUUUACGGAUAUCAAAUGUUUCGUUGUUGCCAUGAAUCGCCUUAAGAGGGUCAGGGCCAGUGAUGUUGCCCCUUUUCAUCGCGGCAGCCCGAGUUGGACUAUCAGUGUUGAGGGCUAGAUAGGUUAGAUGGGACUUGUUUUGCAG